CAUGCCAUGCAGAAGAAUUACUGCGGUGGAAAUAGGUCUUGAAUACAUAUAGUUUAAUGCCAAAGAUACAUCAUUUUAAAAGUCUAUAUGUAUUCUGAAAUGUUCUCCGACUACAAAAUCGCUUCUUUAUGAUAGCGCAAGUGGUUCCGCGUCUUUGCUAAGCAAGUAUGAUUCCCGGGAAGAGGGCUGAUGAAACGGCCGGUAAACAGCAGUGCGACGUCAGAGCGGCUGUGGGCGGGCGAGGUUUGCCUGUACCUGUAUCCGCAGGUAAGGUGUAGGGCUGCGGGGAAGUCGGCGGCCACAUCGGAGAAAACGGGCUCUCUUCGUGCCCACUUGGCUUCCGCUCGGAAGGAGAGCUGAAGCCCCGGCGGGACGCGGGCGAAGGUGAAGCGGGAACGCCGACAGAAACUGAAAGAGACCGCAGAAAGUCUGCCGAAGGAGGAAUAGCAGCGGGAAUAGGAGCUUAACUUCCGGCAGGGAAAGGGAGAGAAAUCCGCCGCGAACUGAAGUCCUACAUACUGUGCGGUCAGUUCGACCCAAGAUUCGCUGAGUCAUGCCUGGAUCCAGCAUAGGAGGUUCCCAGGAACUCCACCCACUCAAACCGCCCCAUGGCUGUGAUAAGGCAGGCCAGCGGCAGGGGACGCGAAACGAUAGUCCCAAGCAGUAUUGGGACAGCAGAUUGGGCCAGAACCAAUUCCAAGAGCGCAGUGUGGAUCCGGGGGAUCAUGAGACUGGAGCAUUUUUAGCUAUGAAGUCCCUCCCCGGGAAUGCUAAUGGUCACAGGCCUGAAAGCAUUGACUUCAUUCCGGGCUCUGUGGAGUCCCUGCCGGGCUGGGAGGUGUGUCUGCCUUGCGUUGGACCAGGCCGGCCAAGGUGUUGGACUGUGUUGUGCUGCUUGUUGACCUGUGGCCUGUCCAAAAUUUGCGGGCGCUGUGCCCGUGCACCGUGCCUGGCUCCUGAGGCCAGUGCCAAUGAACCAACGAAGGACCAUCUGGACUCAGGUCUGCCGGUCCUGCAGGAGCCGAAGGCAGUGAUAAACAGCAGCUUCCGUUAUCCUGACGUCCGUCUGGGUGGAAAGAAGGUGGAGAUCCAGCCGCGUGGCUCCAGCCCUCCACAGAGGCAGCCAUCAAACCCGACACGGGGUGAGCAUCUUUCUGUAAGCCGGCUCAGCGACUACUCACUGGACAGUCCGUCUGAUGGUGGGAGCGAGGACGGCAUGGACAUUGACUCACUAAUUGCCAAGAAACUGUUGGAGCUGUACACUCAGCACCAGAUCGAGCAGCUGGCACGCUGCACUUCGGACUCGGUCUUCCUCAGUCGCACCAGUCAGAUCAGCCAGCUGAUCAGCAACAUCCAGCAGGAGCACGACCUAGAAGAGCAAGAUGCCGAGUGCCGGAUUGUCCAUGGCAUCAUCCGGCUAAGCACGCGGAAGGGGCCCAAGAACGGCCAUCGGGGAGCGAGGCAAAGUGAGACUUUGCCUGACAGCGGCAAUGAUACCAUGGUGGAGACCAUCCACAGCUUUGACACGUAUCAUGAUGUCAGAAUUUCAGAGCAGACACCAUCAGACAGACUUGCCAGAGACAUGAGGAUGAGUGGCCGUAAAGCCCAGUCUUCCACUUCAUACGCUUCCUACUCCCCCAGUCACCAUGACUCGGUGGUGGCAUCUUCGGGGACACCCCUGUUGCAGCCUUUCACAUCGAAGUGAGAUGAUGGUAUCCCUCAGGGUCUUUGUCUAUGACUAAUGGGAGCCGCGGACAGCCCUCUGAAUCCCAGCCUUCAGAGAAGCUACACCCCUCUGCCCAGUAUGAACUAGUGACUUCUCUCCUCCCCACUCUGGCAUGCCCCAUCUCCAGCCAAGGUCAAAGUUCAGAAACACAUCUAGGCUCAUCCCAAGAGGUGUAGCAGAUGGUUCAUAUCCUGUCUGGUGAUAGACUUCUGUUCAUAACAUAGUUUAUCCCUUUAAUAGAAUUGCGUGAACGUGCCAUUUGUAGACCUAUUUAUGGAAGGAAUUAAAUAUUUUCUUCAGUAUCUGCAACAGAAAGUGAUAUUAAGAGACGAAUGAAGUAUUGGAUUUUGCAGAUCCAAAGUUGUCAUUUUGGUCAUGAAUUGCUUUCAGCAGAAGUGAUUUUUGCCACAGUGCACCACCAGCUUUCCCAAAAACACUACAGACACUGAGAAUCAUGCCACUUCAGGACAAAUCAAGUACAGUCACCCGUCCACAUUCAUGCUUUUGGUUAUUCGUGAGUUGGCCAUGAACAAUUAAAUGGGAAUGUUUUUGGACGACGGGUAAGCCAGAAAUGGGGCUGGGUGAUUUUGGUGCAAUAUUUUUUCAGGAUAAUUUUUUCAUGUCAAAUGAUAUCGAUAAUUAUCAUGUUAUAAUUCAAGUCAUUAUGUCUUUACUUCAGUGUACAGUUUUCGCUUAAAAUUCCCUUAAACAGAUUGGGAACAUGAAAUAGGUGACCAACUGAAUGGACUGCAAACUUAACUCUAAUUUUAAUAGAUGAAUUGUACAAAAGUAAACUUUUUUUCAUAGGGUGUAACACUAGGAAACGCCAACAGCAUUAUCACAGUACAGUAAAACCUCGGAUCGCGAGCAUAAUUCAUUCUGGAGACGUGCUUGUAUUCCAAAGCACUCGUAUAUCAAAGCAAAUUUUCCCAUUAGAAAUAAUGGAAAUGAUUCAUUCCACAACCCAAAAAUAUUCAUAUGAAACUGAUUAAUACAAAAUAUAAAGUAAUAAAUACAAAACACUCGCAAACCAAGUUACUUGCAAUCCAAGGUUUUACUGUAUUCUAAAAUUCAAAUAUUGGCAAUGGUAAAAUAUGACAGGUGAUUUUCAGUUCUGCUGAACCCGAUGGCUAAAUUAUUUUACAAAAUAUUAUGGAGCAUGUGACAGGUAUAAUGAUAGACUCACAACAGACUCAUAUUUUGAUGGAGUUUGUGUAAAAAUAAUGCAUUACAUCUGUCAGCAAGAAAAGAAGUGUUUAGGCUAUAUAAUGAUGAUCACGAUAUUCAAAAUAACUACAGUAUAUGAAUGGUCAUAAUCAUGAUAUAUAAUCGAUAUGUCGUCCAGCCCUAGCCAAAAACAUAUAAACAAUACUGAAAAUGAUUUGGAUUACAUAGUCAUAGCAUAUAUUAAUGGUAGUGUUAUUUAAUAUUUAAGUGCAUAUUAUAUCUUUAAUAUUAAAAGUUAUUUUUGAAAAAAAGAGAAUUGUGAGAUCUCUACUUCUAGGCUUGGGUACACCGUGCAUCUUUGUUACAGCAGCCAGCCUCACUCGUGUUAGCUGUCUCUCGAUUCUCACGUUUCUCAUGGUAAAUUUUAAGUUUUUUAGUAAUGGAUACAAGUAUUAUUUUUGUGGGGAUCUUCUGCCCCUAUCCCUCACAAAAGGGUGACUGAUACUUGGUGGUCAAGCAAUGUGAGAAGUUUGUUCCUGGUGGCUCAACCUCAAUUUCUUUCGAAUUCUCUGUGUGUGUGUGUGUGUGUGUGUGUGUAUAUAUGUAUAUGUGUGUGUAUAUAUAUAUAUAUAUAUAUAUAUAUAUAUAUAUAUGUGUGUGUGUGUGUGUGUGUAUGCAGCAUAUACUGUAAAUUUAAGUUGCUUUCCAUAAAUUAUGUGUGUUAUAAAUGUAAUACUCCUGCAUACAAAUACAGACACGUUUGUAACUCCUAAGCUGAGAAUGAAUGGUAUAGCUUGAGGCUAAGCUGUGAGAUCUGUACACAGACAGUAGGACAUGCCCUACAUGAGGAGUGCGCAGGAAGUGACUGGGAUGGAAGUGUGUCAGAAACCACCUGCUUUUAGUCCUCUGGGUGAUUCUGCUUGGCCUAGGAAAUGCUGAAGACUUGGAGACACAGAAGGAUAUGAGCUAAAGCCUGUUUGGUGUUUUACGAUAAUAGAUGGAAAUUUGCCAAAAUAUUGUCCUGCCUUCUGCCCUAGUAAAUGUGAAAUCUGAAAGA